GAUCGAUUCGUGGCUUUGGUAUUCCAAGCUCCUUGGUGACUCCGCCGUCGUAUCCACCGCAAAGGCCUGGUCCGCGUCGCUUUCCACAACAUGUGGUACCUUUGGUUCCGCCGCGAGGUCAUCCACGAGACGACACGGCUGCGCCUGUACAACGGCUAAGUGCUCCCCGUGCUCCUCAACAACUGUGGCACCUGACCUGCUCCCCCUGGGGCCUCCUUGGACGCAUCCCCCGGUGUGCCGCCGAUAUUGCGGCUUACGAGUCCAUGCUCCGGUGCUUCAUCUAUCCGUCGCUGACCCUUGGCCCGGCCGUCCCAUCUCGUCGCCGCCUCGCGACCAACGCUUUCCUCAAAGCCGCCUCCGACGAGCUCUAGCGCUUACAUGCCUCGCCGACCUGCAGGUCCUCCACUCCACCGCCGCGAACCCAACCCAGUGAAUGGUGCUGACCAAGCAGAUCGUUGCCAGAUGCCCUCAUACGUCUAACGGUCGGCGUAUGUGAAGUCCGUUAGCUGUAGGCACAAAUGGUUUACUAUACAUGCUAAGACUACUAUAUCUUAUAAGCAAAACAGGCAAUGAAGGAACGCUCCC